AUGGGGAAUUAUUGCCUAUAUAAUUGAGUCCUGUUAUUUUCAAAACUCGUAUAUUAAUAAGCUAGAAGGAAAUAGAAACAGAUACGCCAGCAAAUAUCGUUUGAAGAUAGUGAAUCAUCAUCGUGUUCAAAUCUUCCAUUUGGUGGAUUCUUGUCGCUGAUUUUUCUUGUUCUUCAUCAAUUUCAGCACAACAAGAAGCAAUGGCAGUUAAGGGCAAGAGACAACCACACGUAUUGGCCGUUCCGUUUCCAGCUCAAGGACAUGUACGGCCGCUCAUGAAAUUGUGUCGACGAAUUGCCAGUCGAGGGAUUAAGGUUACAUUCGUUAACACGGAACAUAUACAUGCGAAAGUUGUUGCUGCAAUGUCUGAGGAGGAUAAGAGCCAAAACCCAAUACAACUAAUCUCGAUUCCAGAUGGGUUGCCACCUGAUGAUGACAGAAGUCCUGGAUUCGAGCUAAUGGAAAGUGUCAUAAGAACGAUGCCCGGAAAUUUGACGAAUUUGAUCGAGAAAAUUAACGGUCGAAGCAGUGAUGAAAAGAUUACUUGUGUAAUAGCUGAUAUCACAAUUGGAUGGAUACUUGAUGUUACCCAAAAACUGGGAGCUGAAUCAGUAGUCUUCCAAUCAGCUGCAGCAGCAGGCAUGGCCAUGGUACUUCAAAUUCCAAAGCUUAUUCAAGCAGGAAAUCUUGAUAUGAAUGGAUCUGUUAAGAAAAAUGAAUUGAUCAACCUGCCAGAUAAUAUACCUUCCUGGAGAAAAAAUGAACUUCCAUGGAGCUUCCCCGGUGACCUAAAGACUCAAUCGAUAGUGUUCGAAACUUUCAUGGCCGGCGGAAAAACAGCGCAUCGUGCAAAGUGGCUGCUCUGCAAUACAUUUUAUGAACUCGAACCAUCAGCUUGUAAUUUGAUUCCCAACUUUCUGCCUGUUGGACCAUUGCUUAGUACUAAUAACUCGAAAUCAUCCGCCAUUGGAGGGAGCCUUUGGAUUGAGGAAACAACUUGUUUUAGCUGGCUAGAUAAACAACAAAUUGGCUCGGUGAUCUAUGUUUCUUUCGGCAGCAUAGCUGUUUUCUCUCAGGACCAGUUAAAUGAACUAGCACUGGCUCUUGAACUUUCAGGCAGGCCAUUUCUAUGGGUCGUUAGGUCAAAUCUUGCCAAUGGAUCGAAAGUCAAGUUCCCAAAUGGUUUCCUCGAAAGAGUGGCGAAACGUGGAAAAAUUGUCGAAUGGGCACCUCAGGAAGAAGUAUUAGCUCAUUCUUCGGUCGCUUGUUUUAUAAGCCAUUGUGGAUGGAACUCGACCGUGGAGGGUCUAACCAUGGGAGUUCCUUUCCUAUGUUGGCCUUAUUUUUCGGAUCAAUUCUACAACCAGAAUUACAUUUGUGACAUGUGGAAGAUUGGUUUGAGACUCAACCCAGACGAGAAUGGACUCAGAUCAAGGCUUGAAAUUUCGACUAAAAUAGAAAUGCUUCUUUCAGACCAUAGUAUUAAAACGAAUGCUGUAAAACUGAAGGAAAUGGCUCUCGAGAGUGUAAGUGGAUCCGGAUCUUCUUCUCAGAAUUUCGAAACUUUCAUCCAUCACAUGAAGAAUUGAAGAUGAUUGCUUAGAUUGAUUUUCAUGUUUCUUGUUGGUAAAUGAAUCUUGUUUGCACUGUUUGAUUACUAUGGAAGUUUUUUUUUUUUUUUUUGGGCAAUCUAAAG